UCGCGAAUCGUUCUUUUGUAUACCUACAUAACAACAGGUUUAUUUACCAACAAUGAAUCGCAUCUUAAAUUUGUUGUCCGUGAUUUUGUGUGCUGUGUCAUCGGUAAUUUGUGAGCAAUAUAAUUUUACCAUCCCAAAUGGUGGUUCAGUGAAAAUAAAUAUCAGUGGCUUAAAUAAUGUGAUUCAAACUUUAUUGAAUUCAGAAGUACAGAGAAUUCAAAAUCAAAACACGCCAGAAAAACAACUUAAUUUAGGUGCAGUUCAAGCAAUGAUUAUAAUAACUACAAAUGGUCACACAGAAAAACAUGUCGUAAACUCAUUAUGGCCCAAUUAUAAUGGUCAAUCAAGUAGUUCGGUACCAUUUCAAAAGAUUGAUGAAGAUGAGUUUGGUAACGCUGGAAAUUAUGGUUUUUAUAUUGGUGGCAAUGAAGUUUCAUUCGAAAGAGACGACACUGCUUUAUGUACACGAUGUGAAGAUGAGACUUCAGUAUGUGAAAUAAUUGAUCAACCCCAAGAUGGAGGAAGUAUACUUUUACGAACUAGAAAUUGUAGAGAUAAUGCAAAUACUUUAUCAUCCGUUACGAAACGAGUUCCGAAUAAAGAUGGGCUGAAGCAAAUUUCAAAACGUAUGAUCGAAAUUGACUGAGUAGUCUUUAAUUACUCAAAUUUUAAAAUAAUUACAUUUAUAGUUUAAAAUUCGUUACACCGGAUAAGCGAUUUUUCUAAGCUUAUGAUUUCGUAGCUAAUCAAAAUUUCAAUUUGCUUGUUUGUUAUACCCCUAAUCAGAGGUAUAAAUUUUAUUUUUCAUUUAAUGAAAAUUAUAUUAGAACGAUUGAUUAAUCUGUUUGCAAGAAAUAGCACAGUAAUUAUCAAAACACUUAAACGUAAUCUAAACUGGCAAAAGUAACUUAUCUAACAUGUAAUUCUCUCUCUUUCAAUGAUACAGUCAUUACUGCUUACCCUAAGUUAAGCCUAUUUAAGACUGUCAUGCUGGCUGCUGGUCGUCAUUAGUGAUUUUUCCCCCAAUUAUUAGCGAUUUUCGCCAAUUAUUAGUUGAACGGGUUCAAUUUGUUUACUUAUUUUGCGAUUUGCGCAAACAAGUGUAUUUAUAAAGGUAGUUCGUCCGGCUGUUUGAACAAGUACGGUGAAUGUUCAUUAUUUUGAGGAUUCGAUAUCAGCGACCUCAAAAACCCCUUUAUUCGUCAUAAAAAUUCUUAAUUUGCAAAAAAUAUGAAAGCGGGAGGGGGAGGGGUGGAUGUUGUAAAAAGUGCUAUAUUAAUAAAAACAUCUAAAGUUUUGGGUUACUUUAGCAUUUAAAACUAUUUGGACCGCUUUUUAAAAUCUUUUAAAAUACAUUUAUUCCAUACAACCCCUUCCCCUAAUAGCGCGGGGGUUCAAACUUAAAAAUUUUGAUUUAAACCAUAUAAACCUUUUUGAAAAAUAGUUUUCUGAAGCCAAAGCAAAAAUCACCCCCCAAAACCAGUCCAUACA